GGGGCUUUGUGGCGGGCGGGUGGAUGCGCGCGCGCGCUCAGUGCAGUCAGUCAGUGAGGGGGUGAGUGACGGAGGGCGGGAGCGGGACGGCGAUGUCCCUGGUGCUGAGAGUAAAAUGCUGCGUUUGCAAUGUAAAGCAAAGAAUGGAACCCAUCUGAUGCGAGGGCUGACUUCGACAUCUAGUGUCCAAGAGUUGAAAGAUAAGGUGGAAGAACUAACUGGAGUUCCAUCUGCUCUGCAAAAAAUUCUGGUGGGAUUUCCUCCAACCUCCCUAGAUCUCCGUAAUGGAGACCUAGCUCUCAAAGAUUGUGCAAUCAAAUCCGGUGAUACUUUAAUUGUGGAAGAGGAAAGAGAUGUAAUGAAAGCUAAAGCCUCCAUCUCAAAGCUUGGUGCUGAAAGUUCAGAUAAGAAUGCUUUCUCACAACUGACUCGACACGUUGUCCCUGCAGAUAAUUCAUGUCUGUUCACAAGUGUUCACUACGUGGUGGAAGGUGGUGUUUGUGAGCCAACCUGCGCCCCAGAAAUGCGAAACCUGAUAGCUCAGAUUGUGGCCAGUGACCCCGAGUCGUACACAGAAGCAGUACUGGGAAAAAGUAAUUCGGACUACUGCAAUUGGAUUUGCCAGAAUGACACAUGGGGAGGGGCCAUUGAAAUCUCCAUUCUAUCCAAGUUUUACCGAUGUGAGAUCUGUGUGGUAGAUGCGCAGACAGUGCGGAUAGACAGGUUUGGAGAGGAUGUAAGCUACACAAAGCGUGUGCUUCUGAUUUAUGAUGGAAUCCACUAUGACCCAAUAGAACGACAAUUUCAAGAUCCUGAGAGCCCACCACAAACCAUCUUCUCAACAGCUGAUGAUGUUGUACUUGCAGAAGCACUGGAGUUGGGAGAUGAAGCUCGAAGAAAACGGCAAUUUACUGAUCUGAACAGGUUCACACUGCGUUGCAUAGUCUGCCAAAAGGGCUUGGUGGGUCAGAUAGAAGCAAGAGAGCAUGCUAAGGAGACGGGACACACUAACUUUGGAGAGGUGUGAUGUUCUGAAUAUUAUUAUCUACCUCACUUUCCUGGAAUGCACUGGAAUAAUGAAUCUCCUUCGGAAUGAAUUUGAAUUCUAUGGAUUUUUUAAACACUGGGUUGAUUAAAACCUGAGCUGAUCAAAUUGCUAGUUUGCAAAGGUUAGUCUUCAUUCUUGAACAUCUGUUUACAUAUUAGGAACUUAUUGAGACUACUAAUUCUAAACUAUUAUAACUACUAUUAUAAGCCUUUUAUUAAAUAUAUUAACAAAAUACUGCUCAGUUUUAACAUCCAUUAAGAUUACUUAAACAACAAAGACAUUUAGCUGCCUGAAGAUUAUCAACUGUAAGUGGUUUCUUCAAAUUUUGAUUGUGGCUGAACACAUCUGUAAGAGUGAACCAUGACUGGAAAAUCUGAAAAGCAACUAGCGGAAACCCUUUGGAAAAGGUUGCAUUGGUAUUAAUUUUGGAAGAUUCUUACAAUUCAUCAUACCAUCCUUCCGUGGAAGAUGGGGGCUGCCUUUUUGUAUGAUUCAACAACCAUUUUGUGGUCUGCUAUGGAAAUUGCUACACAUCCUGAAGUACUGCCUUUGUCCCUAGCUUGUGUAGAAGUUCUUGCAAUCUUUUUUAAGUCAUUGUUCAGCUCAGUAAUGGUUAUUGCACUGUUGCCCAGUUGCCUGCUUUCACAGCCAAAGGGUUGUUUUGUUGAACAGCCCAAGACACUAAGUCCAGGAAUCUCUACCCUUGAUAGGUAUUGUAAUGGCAUUGUAUUUCUGACACUAUGAUACUGGACUGGACUGAAUUAUACACAACCACAGUAGUACACAACAGAUCACAUGGAAUGCUUACCACAUUAAAAAACAUUAUAGAGUCAGACUGUUACUUGAAGAUUAAUGCUGAAAGAUUUAGUUACAAAUAAUGUGAGUGUAGAUGCUGGAAUCUGCAGCAAAAUACAAAUUUCUGGAGAAA